UAAAUUGCUGAACAAAUAGCAGUCAUGCACAACUACACAGAGGAUAUUCAUGGCUGUUUAACGACAAAAUUUCUUUGAUAUUGAAGAACUUAUAAUUCAUCUAGAAAACUUGUGAAUUAAUAAAAUAAAUUUCUAUUAUUAAGGAUAACAAUAAUAUCCAUUCUAACCAACUUAAAAUUGGAUGAUUCUCAACGACGGUGACAGACACAGAUAAUGAGUCAGGAUUUGUAAGACAUUAUCAGAUUUGAAAUGCACCAAAAAUGUACAGCAAACCAAAGAAGUACGUAAAACAGCGAGACAAAGUGUCUCGACGUAUUUCUCCUCGAACAUCUGACGACAGUGCUUACAAGUCAGAUGCUGGAACUUUUUCACCCAACAUCGAUGUUGAAAACUACGGAGACGGUGAAAUAACAGCUGAUUCUGUGCCACAAUGGCCACAGAACUUCGAACAAGAAGAGACAGGCAAACAGAAAGAGGAAGCAAAGCCUGCAAACGAUGAACCAAAGCCAGGGACAUCAACAUCAAUGGAACAAAGUUUACAUGAGAAAGCACAGAAAUAUAUGGUGAAGAAAAACUCAAUCCGAGAACUUACUGGUGCUAAAUUUAUAACAGUGCCUGAACCAAAAGAUCAACCAGAGCGUCUCAGAUACCCUAGGACUGCUAGUGUUAGGGGCUAUGGAAAUAUUGAAAGUAUUCAGGCUGUAUCAGAUGGAAGGCCAAUGAAAAUUCCUGGGGGUACUAUUCGUGCAGGAGCAGGAUACGCACUCCCUCAAACGCAAGGACAUUAUGCCACGUUGCGGGUUCAUCAUCGACGACACCAUAAUAGACAUGGCAAGUUGGCCACUGUUAAGGCCAUACCCAAAGAAACAGUUGUGCGAUCUGUGAAAGGUUAUCAUAUGGGGAACAAUGUGACAGUUAGGGGACAUAACACAGGCCAUGCUGUUCGGCAACUAAAACAAGUGAUGAAAUCCUGGGACCAACCUGACGGGACAUUCAAACGGACAACUGUGCUCUCCGAGAGAAAAGAGUACUUCAUUACAAGGUUUGCCAUAGAGCUAGAUCAGGCUGAUUUAGAUGUCUACAUGCCUGGAGACUUUCUGUCAGGUCGAAUUAUUCUUGAAUCUUCUUCAGACGUUGAAAUACGAUUCGUGGAGCUACUCAUUGUUGGAUUGGCAAGUGUUCAUUUCGCAAAAAAUGAUCCUAAUCUUGCUAAGAACUCCCAGGAAGUUGUGCUAAACAAGAGGUCUUAUGUGAUGGGAACUCCAGAUGGGCGAUGGAACUCUGUAAUAACAGCAGGAAAGUAUGUAUCAAAAUUUAAAUUCCGUCUCCCGGACAACUUGCCAGCUUCUAUCAAAUAUGAAGACAAGGAACAUGGCUUUACGUUUGAAGUGGCGUAUCUUGUAAAGGUCAGAAUCUGUGAUGAGAUGGGAUCGGCUUCAGCCAGAAGCACACAUUCCACAAACAACUAUGUCAAGGUCUUGCUGACUAGGCGAUUCCCAUUCUUCGUCAAGCGACCAUUUGACAUUCACUCUAUACCAAACAGCCUUCAACCUGUGACCCACUCAGAGUUUGUUAACCUUGGCUGUCUACCAAUCCUCAUUGAUUCGACCUCUUUGACACUUUCACUAGAUCGAUCAGUAUUUCUUGCUGGAGAUGAAAUACGCAUAAAACUGUCAACAAACGCUAAGACAGCGAAGAGAAUUAGGUCCCUCACCUGUGAAUUGCACCAAAAUGUCUUUUCCAGCAUCAAAACACGUCAGAACUUUACUGUGAUCCAAAUACAUGAAAGUCAGCCGGAAGGAUUCCCCUAUAACCAAGGCAACAAAAGCUACAUACUUUUUGAAUUCAUCGUCCCAACACACUCCCAAUUCAUUCCUUCGUAUCUCCCAGGCUGUGGACUUCUGAAAGUCUCCUACACUGUGAUGCUGACCGUCGUAUUCAAAUCCUGCUCCGGCCAGCUAUUUCUUGAAUGCCCAGUUGCCAUUGGACCCUCUGCAAGCCCCACUCACCAGGCCUCGGCCACAACCAUGGUCCCCGUCUUUAUUCGACCCAAGCGCUUUCCCAUCUUUACAAGGGAUAGUCAUGAGAAACAGAGAACACAAAAUGGGGCCCUGGCCACCUCAACCCCUCGACCAGUUCCUUUGGUAUCAAACUUAAACGCUUCUAAAAGUUCUGGAUUUCCUUGCUGCUGAGUGGACUAAAGACCUGUUGUGAUAAAUAUGUGGUAGAAACUUUUUUAAAACAUGCACAAGAAACUGUGAUAAAAAUGUCACUUUUUUAUAUAAAAGGCAGACAUUUUUUAAUGCAACUCAAGUUUUUUUUCCACUGACUUAUAGCACUGGACAUAAUGACAUGAGAUGAUGAAUUAUAAGAAUUGUCAAAGGAAAUUAAAUGGCCGCUUUGCAAUGUCUACAUUUCAUAGAAGAAACAUAUGAGUAUAUAAUAUUUAUAUAGAUAUAUUGUAAAUUAGUUUGAACAAUCCAAUCAGCAAACUGAACAAACUUUCCAAAACAAAAUUUAAGGACAAAGGGAGCAAACUCAGUCAACAUAUUUUAUUUUAGAUUUUCAUUUACCUCCCUUGAUAUUGAUAUCUAUAGUUGUUAAAAUUGUUUUGCUUAUGUUUAUUUAAUCCAUUAGCUAAUAUGAUGCUCCUAUUAUACUAGAUUUAUGUGUUUUAUUAUACUGGUCAGAGACACACCUAUAUGUUUACUCCAAUACACCUGGGCGCACAAAUCACUUUUAGUUUUGCCAUGUGCUUAAAUCUUGAAACCAGAGCUAAAGGGGUGUAUAAUAAUAAAACUGUAGCUUUCUACUGAAUAAUAGCUGUUGAAAUUUCACUGAAUCACUCAUGGCAUUUCACUCAUGAUAAUUUUGGAAACACUGAAGUAAUUACUGUAUUCUUUACAACAUUCCUAUGGCAGGGGAUACCCCUUCCUCUCCCACACCAUAUAGGAAUUGAGUCUAAUGUUAAUAAUGAAAGAGUUAAGAUCAUUACUGUGAGUGCAGGACUGGUGUGCAGUUCAAAACAUUUCAGGUACAUCUCUGCCGGUACAUGUAGCAAUUUUGUUUUCAUAAAUAUAUUCUAUUAUUCUUAUAGUUUAUUGCAGAGGAAAUAAAAAAAAAUAAAAAAAUUGUUGUUUACAUGUUUUUUUAUAAAUAACUAAACGUGAUUAUCAGGGUAUUUCAUGUAUGUAAUGCAGGAUAAUAGGUGAAAUAUGGUAGAGUUUUGUGAAAUCCCCUUCAUGUUUUCAAAGUGGCUGCAAAUAUGUA